AGCAUGGGGGGCAUUAUGGAGGCGGUACCAGCGAUCCUCCUAUGCAUCCUUGUUGCUGUUGACGCUGGUUCGCCGAUGAAAUCAUCUCAAGCCCUGCUUUCAUCGCUGGAUCACAUGCCUGACAUAUACAGGCCAGGAGACCCUGUGAAAGAAGAAGUUUUUCGCGACAAUUUUCUGCAUGUGGAUGGAACAAUCAAUGAGAAAGUUCUUUUGCUACUGCAAAAAUAUGUCCCCAUCAGCUCUGGUGCACUUCCAGCAAGCGCUGGAUUCUUGAUAUUCAUCUGCUUUGUGAUUGGAAUUGUGUAUUCGUGGAUGCACAAGAAUCGAUGCUGGGAAGUACGGGACACCGAAUACACAAGACAUGUAUGUGAAACAAGGAGGCUGAGGAGUAUACAAAAGUACGAAGAAAACCAAGUCUGAAUGUCAGAACACUCUAUUUAUUACAUGAUCAUGCUAUAGUAAAACUUUCAUACAACUC